GUAGGGAGCGGAAGUGCACGAGCUCAGGACACAGGUAAACAUGUGUGGACGCGCCAUAGCCACCUGUCGUGGGUUUUAGUACUCACAGCGGCCUACCUCAGUAGUUACAGGCACAGGUUACAGACUGUGAGACGGGGCCAGUCUAAUGAAGGACUUAUAAGGCAAAGUUUAAAUAAAGGAGGUCCAAUUGUACUAUUAGCUUCAACCCUAUCUGUACAACAAUUUUAAUCCUACAUCGAAAAGGUUUUUGAAGAUUUCUUAGAUAUGGGAUGGAUAUUGCUCGCCCUGGUAUUUGUGGCAGCUGUCAGUUUUGACCACAGUGAAGGCUGUUCUUGCGCGGGACUCAACGACCUUGCGUUUCAGUACUGUAACGACGAAAAGGAGUUGAUCCUUCGUGGUGUAGCCCUGAACGAAACACUAGAUGAUGGCGAAACUAUCCAGACCUGGGAUGACGUCAGCAGUUAUGCAUUUUGGAUAACGGAAGUCGUCAAAGCUACAGGGAAUGCCAGUAGAUUAAUUGAAGGAAAGAACGUCAUCAACAUUCAAGCGGGUAUGGAAGGUUCCAUGUGCGGUACCAGUUUAACAAUUGGCGUGGAGUACGUUAUUGUAUUGCACGAGUCCUUAAGGAUUUCCUUGUGCGACUGGGUAGUGCCUUAUGAUGAACUGCAACCCUGGGAUCGAGAAGUGGUUGAUGAUGAACACUUCAACUGCAUUAUUAGAAACUGCAUUCCUAUGGGAGAUAUGGAGCUGAUGUGCUGUAAUGAGGAUCAAAGUGGAACAGUUACCUGUACCAGCUACGAAGAUUGUGUUACGGACCAAGUUGAAGAGACGACCCAUUGCUGUACAGCAUCAAACGAAGUGCCGAACGCAUGUGUGGACUAUCCAGGUUAUUUAAAGAAAAAGUAAACAAAAGAAUCAAUACGACAUUUGGUACAAAAGAAGUGCAGCUGUUGUCGAUUUUUGUAUAUUGGUGAUGACACCUAAUACACUGAUGCUAUUUGGUUGUACAUCGACAAUAAAGGUUAUCAAAUA